AUGGACAGCAACGGCCCCGGCUCACCGCGAGCAAUCGCCAACUUCAUCAUCACCAAGCUCACCGACGCCACAAUUUACGUCCAGGAUCUUAUCGAGGCAAGGGCUGAAGCUGAGCGGCGCCGUGUCCACGAGGAGAACGACGCGAUAUCGAGGGAGGCGCGCCGACGCGUUAUGGAGUAUGGGGAUGCGGAUGAGUCGUUGAUGGGGGAUCGGGAGGCGGAGGAGGGGAGGAGGAGGGUGUAG